AUAAAUUAUUUCGUUUCCUGGUGAAUAAAGAGAUAAAUAAUGUGACCCCACAAACCCUCCACCACUCUAUCAUAAUAAAUUCUGCCACAACCGCUCUAAUUUGCAUCCAUUCUUGCAUCACAUUGAAUUCAUUUCCUAAUUCUCAGAAUAUGAUGAUGGCCUUCUCUAAUAACAAUGACCAAGAACUUGGACUUGGUCUUGGUCUUGGUCUUGUUCAUGGUGAAAACUGCAGGCAGAAGAAGGAGAAAGAGGAAGAGAAUCCAUGCAGCAAUAUUAAGGCAUACCCAUCUCUUACUUUAGGACCAGAACAGGAUUCUAGAUCUUCUCAAAGCGCAGUUGUUUCUUCAUUUUCCAACUCAUCGUCUAGCAUCAAGAGGGAGAGAGAUCAAGAAUUCUUUCUGGACUUAUACGAAGAAGAAAACAAGAAGAAUAAUAAUAAGAAUGGUAACCCCAGAAAGAAACUUAGGCUCACCAAACAACAGUCUGCACUCUUAGAGGAUAGCUUCAUACACCACUCUACUCUCAAUCCGAAGCAAAAGCAAGAGUUGGCAAAGAAGCUCAAUCUGAGAGCGAGGCAGUGA